AUGAAGAAGCUAGAAAUUAUGCAGAAUAAAGGUUUAGUUCCUCGGGGAAGCGAUACGGGAAAAGAUAUUGCGCUUAGAAAUUCCGGCGAGAACAGACGACUGAAAGGUCAACUUCAAGAGUACGACUCUCAACUUUACCGCAAUGUGGUCAGCUUGCAGGCCGAAAUUAUGGAGUUAAAAGCCUCCCCAUAUGGAAAAUCAAAGGCCGCAAGACUGAGGUCGGCACAACAGCAAGCCUUGCUCAGGCAGGAUCGAGAAAGGAGAGGUUUGAUAAAACAGGACGCUUUAGAAGUUUCAUCGACAAUUGACAGUUUAGGAUUGAGCCCUAGAAUGCCGAGACGAAAUAAACCUAAAAGUAAACAGAUAAAAUCUUCGAGCUCUGGUGAACUUAUUUUGCCUGAGAUCAACCCUUCAUAUACGGGGCUCGUUGCCAAGGGAGCUGGGGAAACCAGAAGAUCACUUGUUCCAACACGGGAGUUGCUGGCGCCUGAACUACGGCAACACAGACACAAAUCACUACCUGAUAUCACCGACUUGUCACCCCGGAUGAGACGUCGAAUGGACGAGAAAAAGUUGAUUGACAGCUUUCAGAAGAAGGAGGAGUCAGCGUUGCCCACUGGGAGAAAUGCAAAACAGCUAUUGAAUAAUCGAGUAAAAGAAUUUAUCAAUUCUCCACAAACCUCUCUGGAUAAAAUAAUUAUUACUCCUCCUUGUAAUGAAGAGACCAAGGAAACAGAGGAAUUAAGUACGAAGCCCGAGCAGGGAGAGGGGCUAUCGGAGGACGAGCUGGCUUUGUUCCAUAACUCACUUUUGCUAAAAACCAAUAGUUAUCUUAGUUUAUCAUCUUCCAUGCCGGACCUCGCGAAAAUCGGCUUUAUGGAUUUUAACGAGGUGAUCGACAAGCGGUUAAAAAUGUGCCAAGAGGAACCACCGUCCGAGGAAGAAAUGCGGAAAAUUCGUUACUUGAGACUUAGAGAUGAGCCAAAGGAAGCUGACAUUUUGAGUGUAUUUGAAAAGGAGUCUUCCUCACAAUAGGAUACACCGCGUAAUAGCAGCGAAGCCAUCGCGUUUGGGUACCCUGUGUCUAAUCUGCCAACCUGUUCAACACUUUUAUUCGCUUAUAAAAUAUAACCGUGUCCUAAAAAGCAAAAUAAAGGCAAUAAAGAAGCUAAAACAAUUAGAAAAGAAAACAGUUUUGCAAUAAUAUGUGUAAUGAAAUGCUAAAUUUAUAAUAAAAUCCCUUCAGUUUA